AUGAACGGCCAGAACAUUCGCAUCCGCCUCAAGGCGUUUGACCACCGCGUGCUCGAUGCGUCGACCCGCGAGAUCGUGUCGACCGCCAAGCGCACCGGUGCCGGCGUCCGCGGACCCGUGCCGCUGCCGACCCGGAUCGAGAAAUUCACCGUCAACCGGUCGCCGCACAUCGACAAGAAGAGCCGCGAGCAGUUCGAGAUGCGCACGCACAAGCGUCUGCUCGACAUUGUCGAUCCGACCCCGCAGACGGUCGAUGCGCUGAUGAAGCUCGAUCUGGCCGCCGGUGUCGACGUCGAGAUCAAGCUGUAA